AUGCGUCUCCAACUCCUCGCCAGUGCCCUGGCACUUUUCGGUUCUUCGGCCGCCUUCUCAGACUCAUCGCCAUGGGUUGUCCUCUCGACCUCCUCCUUCGAUCAGAAUAACGCUUCGAAUAUCCAGACGAGCGCCCAAAUCGUCGAGGCCACGAAGAAGGCAUUGCAAUCAUGCCCCACUGAUCGAUACCUGCUCGUCAACCAACCAGGCAUUUCUGCGCUCGAUCUUCAGGCAUCCAAGGACUGUCGCAUGCCUCAUCUUUGCCAUGCAGUGGAGGACAAGAGCAUCUCCGGCAAGCUGAUGGCGUCCGAGGUCGUUGGGGAUGUCAAGCAUACGGGGCUCGAAGACUUCAUCAAGGAAGCUUGCGCCAAGAAGUCGGGUGUUUCCGUUGAAGCCAUUGAGCUUUCCUCGCCUGCGAAGAACGACCGUGCCGGUUCCCUUGCCCAGAGCGGUAUGAUGCGACCCAAUCGAGGAUAUUUGAAACUUGGUGCUGACCCAUUCAUAGACUCGGCUUUCGCUGCCAAGCUUGAAGACCUGAAGAAUGACAAGAGCUACACUGUCAUCUUCUAUUCUUCUGCCGUCGAGCCAGUGUAUGAGGCCGACUUCGCCGAUCCUGCCCAUCUGGAGUUGAGGAGAAACGUAGAGAGCCCCGUUCUCCGACGUGAGAAGAAGACCUCCGGUCGGGACAACAGAAAUCUAUUCGAGAAGUACCAAUUUUUCACACCAGGCAUAUUCAUGGGCCUCAUUGUUGUCAUUUUCCUUUUUGCCAUCCUGUAUGUUGGCGUCAGUGCUCUUGGCAGCCUCGAAGUCUCCUACGGCGCGUUCGAGAAGGACGUUAGCCCUGCUUCCCAGAAGAAACAGCAGUAA